UUCUUGGCUGUCAGACAAAACCAGUCAGACAUAAAAUAUGGCUAUGAAUGUGAUGCUGUGACUUGGAGCUCUAUUCUAUGAGACACAAAGACCAACAAUGCAUUUUCUGCACAAACCUCUGCCCUACUUACUCUUUGGUGUUCUCUUUGAAUAUUUUACCACACUCUGUUUCCCUCUCCAAGUUUCUCCAGUGUCCUGUGGGUCCAAGAAUAUCUCUUCAUAUUAUGGACACUGUGUCACAUCCCAAGAGGGAGUCCGUGAAUUAGUUUGCUUUGUACCUCUGGGCUUAAUUAGGAAUGUCUGGGAAUGUGUGUGGACACCUAGAAAGCAUCUUGUCUACCAAACACACAGAUACACACUCAUUAUAGAACAGAAAAUGAUUCACUCUUGCAAAAUGUAUGCAAACAUAUCAGGGACAUCUCAGACUUUUAAUCUGUCGAAAAAGCGCAACAUGACGGCUCAUGUGUUUGACGAGAGUGAUCCGAAGAGCUGCACAAAGAACGUUUUCAGAGGUUCACCUCAACAAUUGGUUCGAUGCGGCCCUCCAACUAACGUCGACUUAAAUCGCCAUUCAAGGCAGCUGGAUAUCCAGGCCUCCUGGAGGAAGGAGGAGAACAAAUAUAUUGCACUGUACUCUGUGAGGUACAAGGACCUGAAGAGCCAGUCAUGGAAAGAGCCACCAGUGCAAUCCAAGGAUGGCAAUAGGUGCACUCUGGGUAAUCUUAACUCCUCACUGUCCUAUGUGGUGCAAAUACAGUGUGUGGCCAACAACAAAUGUACCCAGUGCCCCUGGAGCAAGAAUUUCACUGUUCCACCUGAACUUACUGAUAAGCCUGUCAUUGAGAUGAUAGAAGAUUCUCCACAAACCAAAGGAAGUCGAUUAGUGAUCAUAAAAUGGAAGUUUGCAGCCAGUGAGUUAGCGGAGGGCUACAGUGUGACAGUGGGGAAGGCCUCAGGAGAGGACCCCAUUGAGGCCUUCAACACCAGCAGGACCCUACUCCGACUGGCCCUGUCUCACUCAGCCUACCACCUCACCAUCACAGCCUUCAACAAGGCGGGGAAUUCACCUGCAGCACAAAGGACUAUACCUCCACUGGACGACAAAGACUUAUAUGGGAGGCUGAAUGUGACAUUCAAUGGCAACACGUCCUUCACUGUCUCCUGGGUGGAUGACCUGAUCAAAACCUACUCCUGCUUCUCAGUGGAGUGGUGGAGGAGAGGAGAGAAAGCUGCUCACAAGUCCUUCUAUGAGGAUGAGAACAACUUUGAAGUCAUACACUUGGAGGAGCCAUUAGAGCUGUAUAAGAAGUACACCUUCACUCUGCACACAAGGCCACAUAAAGAACCCUGCAACCUGAAGUUCAUCAACAACAGCGAGAGCACCUAUGGGAGCAUCCAGUCCUUCUUCACUGAAGGAUCCCCCAUCAGUGCCCCAGGGAACAUCAGCAGCAGAAAUGUUAGCCAGAGUUCCAUGGUGCUGGAGUGGACAGCUGUCCCCGAGGAGGACACCAGAGGUUUCCUGCUAGGCUACUUCCUCCAUUACACAGAGAGGCUGCAGGACUGGACAGAUACUGAACCAAACAUCACUGUGGAUGCUGGUUCAACCAGCUAUGAGUUGGUAGACCUACAGAGCAGUACUGUGUACCGGGUCCAGUUGUCUGCCUUCACUGGUGCAGGAAUGGGAGUGAGAAGCUCAGCUGCAUACUUUGAAACCAAACCUGAAGCAUCCCUGACUGUGAGUGGUGUGAUAGCUGGGGCCAUUGUUGGAGUAACUUUACUCUUACUGGUGGUUCAUCUCGGCUCUCAGUUGUUAAAAAGAGCAAAGAAACUACUUUGGCCGAAUAUCCCCAAUCCAGGUAACAGCAAUGCCAUCCAGAAAAUAGAUGGGGCCUGCGAUCUGGAACUCCUGGAGCUCAUCAACCAACAGAUGUUGAAGGAAGAAGAGGGGGACUCCAACAGUCUACACAUUGUCAAUAGAAGAGAAGAAAUGUCUCCCGUUGGCAACCUCCAUCGCAAUGCUGACUCAUGUCUACACCUCAACACAGACCAUGGGGAGAGCCAAGGGCCUUCUCUGUCAACCAUAGCCACAGACAGAGCUCAAGAUCCAACUUCUGACACCAUUACAUCUAUUCCCACAGACAUGAGACAGACGGACCCUGUCCUCAUCAGUACGGUGGCCCACGAGUGCCACCCGUUGGCCUUUCUAAGUGAUUACACCACCAUGGAACUCUUCCAACAGGCUCUGCCACACUGUGUUCCAACCAAUUCGGCGUCAUCAUUGGAAUCCCAGGAUCAGUCAAGCCAGAUCAGUCAAGCCAGAUCAGUCAAGCCAGGCCAGAGUUAGAUUACAUCCACCAGACCCAAGGCAGCACCAGUCCAUCUCUGAACACUAAGGUGUAUUCCAUGGUUCUUUGAGAAUGUUUUUCUGUAGAUUCUAGAAUCUGCUUUUCUCACUGAGAUGCUGUGCAACCAUUCUAGGCCUUCUUUCUCUAUGUAACAGAGCCACAGGCUGCCAUCAGUGUCACCCUGUUAACUAGCAUAUUCUUAGGUGUUUGAGCGGUUCUGGACUGGUUCCGACUGACAUUUUGGUGUAGAAAGCGCUCUGUUAACGCCGAGUCCCGUGACUUAUAAUGCCGUAAAGCCUCAUCUGCCUGUUCUCCGUAUCCACUCUCUAAGCUGACUUGAAGCGUCAGGUUUCAGACCCCACAUUUGCAUAGGCAGUGAGGUGUCACAUUUCUGGCCUAUUCAAACAAUGAAUUGAUUAUCUCUUCCCCUGAGCCCAGCUUGGGAGAUGGCAAAUGAAGAGUGGACAGUCUAGCGAGGCCAUCCGUUGUGGAUUCAUCUCACUGUCAUAUUCUCAGACGGAUUUAGCUCUCUCAACACGAUGGGAUUGUCAUAACUCUGGAAUGAGAAAACGUUUAAUGAUAUAACAAACUCAAGCUGUUAUCCUGUCAAUGCAUGUAUCGAUAGCUGCUAUUGUGGUAGCCACAAGAUAGUGUGUUGAGGGAUUGUCCAAGAAGCAGACAUUGCACAAGAGUGGCGUUGAUUGACUGCUCUUUAUAUGAAUGGGCAUUUUUUAUGGUUUUAAAUGAAAUCAUGGAUUAGAAACCAUUUUA